AGUUGGUGGCCCGACUGGGUAGUUCGUCCGCCACAAGACAUGGUCCGCCUGCACGCAGAUGGCCUCUGGAAGUGUUCCUUCUGACGCCCUUCCUGAGGGAACCGGUCCAACGACCGACGGCCCGAAGGAAGCUGAGGCUCAAGCUGAUGGCAGGAACCUGGAGACUCGAAAGGACCAGAAUGACGCCAACACAGGUGUCACGGACUUGCCUGUCAAGGAGUUGGCCUCUCGGGACAUGGCUUCCGAGGUUGACGUGCCGCUGCUGAAUUCUACACGUGAGCUCGCCGCGGACUUGGAAGAGGGCCGAAAAGCCAACAGCAGCAACACGGGAAAUUCCCCGGAAGUGGUUGAGGACUCGAAGCGACCCAUUUUCAUUUUGGCGUCUUGCAUGAUCUGCGUCUUCUUUGUCCUCAUCGUCAUUUUCGCCUACUACCCUUUCAGUGGUGACCCCUGGCCGUGGUCCGAAGCCUUGCGGAACCAGUCCUGGGGAAAUUUCACCUUUGACGGCGAUGAGCCCUGGGAAGCUGGUGGCAAGGAGUUCUUCGGUGCCGGUGGGAAGCCCCUCUUGACCUUGGGAAACCCCUCUGCAUGGGGAGGCAUUGCCAAUAGCGGUGAGACGUUGCUGGGCAUCUUGCAGAACCACUCCUGGGGUGGAUUUGGCUUGCAGAACCGCAGCGCCUCCAACGAGUCGAGCAGCGCGUCCAGCGCGUCCAGCGGGUCCAGCGGGUCGAAGAAGCAGCGGAAGCCCGGGGAGCUCUGGGGCAAUAGCAGCGAGGUCUUUCCACUCUUGGGCAAGGGCCUCUGCAUGCGCACGACAUGGUCCACGAGCGAGCUGAUCCCGAAGUACAACACCUGGGUCACCCACCAAGACGUGAUGCAGCUCUUUACACCCGGCGAUCAUGCCAAAUGUGAAGCGGACUGUCAGUCCAAGCCCUGGUGCACCGGCUUUGUGACCUUCGGAGAGGGCGAGAAUGCGAAAUGUAGUAUGGUCUGGGAGGAUGAGGGCGUCCCAUCGGCACACGAUUGGAACCCUGCCUUCAAGUGCUACUGGAGGAAGAGAUGGCACCACAACAGUGUGGGUGUGUAUGCUCCGCCGAAUCGACCUGUGCCGAAGAUCAUUUGGACUUACUGGGAGGAUAUGAAGAAGGUCGACUGGGGCCAUCGGAUUGAAGCGACGACCCAGUCCUUCUUGGAUUUGUGCCACCGAUCCUGGAGGAAGAUGAAUCCUGAUUGGAAGGUGCACAUCUUGAACCAGUACACCGUGUGGGACUACAUCUCGAAGAAAGACUUGCCCGAAGGAUUUGACAACCUCAUGAUUCAGCACCGAUCGGAUGCCAUCCGCUUAGCACUGAUUGUGAAGUAUGGGGGCGUCUGGAUCGAUGCGACGAUUUUGCUUCUCAAACCGCUGGAUUCCGUGAUCAAGGAAGACCAGCCAUCCCUGAGACACUUCUAUGUCAAUGGUGGCACCCCGAACAUGCCCACCAUCAAGACCAGGUACAGCCGCUACAGCACCGACUUUCAUGUGGAGAACUGGUUCAUGGCAGCACCACCGCAGGAUCCGUUCAUGGUCCGCAGCAUGGAUUGUGUGAGGGAAUUGCAUAAGUACACGGACGUGAAGGAGUUGUCUACCUACCCCUGGCUCUUCACCAAGAGGCAGAUGGGGGACUUGGACGGCUUGGGCUUGUGGAAGUACGUGGCCACCAGCGCCUGUUUUUUCAAGGUCCUGGAUGAUGAUCGGGAAAUCACGCGGUGGUGGCUCAGCCCUUCGGUGCACCGCUCGAAUUUCAUGGGACAUCUCAGUGAAGCCUGGUUUGGCUAUGGCAACACGCAUCAGGUCUUGGUGGAUUUGUUCUACACCCAUCAGCCUUACGUGGUCAAAGAGCUCACGGAGGGGCCAUUGCUCCUCUUGAAGUUUACACACGACUCGAGAGCAGCGUUGAUCGAUCCGAUCACGCCCAUGCAGAUCUAUGGUUGCUGGGACACGUCCUGGAGCGCAACGCUCAAGGCCAUCGGUCUCAACACCACGGAUUCCUGCAACGAGAUGAAGACACGCACUUGGUGGGGCUGAGAGGAGCUUCUUCCGUCUCCGUUGUCCGUGAAGAGGGUGGCCCUGUUUUUCUACGAGACACCUCCGACACCAAACUGCUGGAUCGAGAAGAGAAAGCGAGAAGACAAUGAGUUGAAUGGGUUGCAGUCAUUGGAGACUCACCAUCUAUAAGAGCCCAAAAGGCUGGCCGAGCGACACAGACUUGCCGCGAGCCCAGGAGGGGCCCUGCUGUCCGGAAGAUCGCUCUGAUCCGCAGUUCUUUUAAAAAGAGCGCCUGAUCCGAGCGCCGCAAAACGAUGCGGAGUCGCUGUCUGCUGUUCGCGCUGGCUGCGACAUGGAAGAUGUGACGCUUC